AUGGCGACAAGUGCACAAGAGCAAGGCACUGCCGCGAAAUCAGGACUGAGAAAGCCUGUGUUCGUUAAGAUCGACAGUCUCAAGCCGGGGACGAACGGCCACACACUCAUCGUCAAGGUUGUGGAUUCCAACACUGUACUCCAGAAGGGCCGCUCGGUGUCUCAGCACCUUCGCAACACGCGCAUCGCCGAAUGUCUUGUUGGGGACGAGACCGGCGUGAUCGUAUUCACUGCUCGCAACGAGCAAGUUGAUUUGAUGAAACCCAGUACAACUAUAAUCCUCCGAAAUGCAAAGAUCGACAUGUUCAAGGGAUCCAUGAGGCUAGCUGUGGACAAAUGGGGCCGUGUUGAAGUUACUGAACCUGCCACAUUUGAAGUCAAAGAGGAUAAUAAUCUAUCACUUGUUGAGUAUGAACUGGUGAAUGUUGUCGAAGAGUGA